UGCGCUCUCUUGUCUAAAGCGGUUGAUUGAUGCCCUGCCUGUUCCUUUUUUUUAUGCAAUGAUGAACUGUCACUUGAAUGAAGGAACUGGACUUACAUCAGAUCCAAUGCUGAUGCUGAGACUCUACGUACCGACUGGCCUGGAGUCCAGGUCUUGACGAACAGUUGGCCAGUGCAACGCUGGCGAAAUACGACGAGUCGACCACCAAAUCAAUGACCAGUCAUUCUUGUCUUCAACAGCAACAAAGAGGCAACAAACUCUUGAGAAGACCUAAUGAAUGGCCUGAGACCACGGACCCGUCGCCAACUGGCCAAUAGGCCUCAGCCCAUCUCUUGAGGUUCCAGAGAGUUGCACCAACAGCCCCUUGCCCAACCCUGACGGAUGGAUACUGCACAUCAAGUCAAAACCAGGCUGAGCUCAUCGCUGGUUGGUGGCCACACAUCCAUCAUGGGCAUGGAUGGAACAAGGACAAAUACGGCACCAGCCGCAUACGCGAGAAGCCAAUGGAAUAUCGCCAAAUCCAUGUUGGUGUGUAUCAAUGGGCUGAGCCUGUGAGCACGGGACAUGGACAUGGAGUAUGAGGUAUGUAUUGUGUCUGCCGUCUACAGAGGCCCCCUUCUCUUCGAUAAGCCCCCUACUCCGAGUCAGGCGCCUCCAGGUUCCAGUGGGAUUGGUCCUUUGAGUUCUCUUUAGACCCGUCCUGAUGCACCUAUUUUUUGUCCGAGGAGUGAGUGCUGCAGUGGUGCAUCAUGGCAGGGUCACAGUCAUUAAAGAAACAGGGACCAUGGACAAAUUGGAGCUCUCCGAGUGAGACAUUUAGAGGCCUCUCGACGCAAUUACUCAAUUCAAUAAGCCUUUGGGUUGUCAGCUUGAUUUGCCAUCCAAGUUUGGUGGCAGUCAUACUCACAACCAUAUCAGAUCAGCGCCUCACUCGCAAACAUGGAUAGGAGGAUUUCCAGAUCCAGGAAUCGGCUUAAGCUGUACCACGCAACACACGCACAUGUACAUGCACCGCGCAUGCACAAUCUCAUUACAUCGCUGCGCAUCUCAUCUCAUCAGGGGAUAAUGAGAUGAAUUAUGCUGGAUCGCAUUGCGUCUUGUGCAUCGUUUUCUCGGCCACUCCCGUCCAAUAUCAUGUGCAGCAGUUUUACAAACGGGCUGAGGCGGUACUUGAAUAUUGAGCAAACCGAUUAAUCUAUCUAUUUGGUGGCUUCAGUCCGAAUUAGGUACCUACCUACCUACCUACCUAGUCGUUGUCUCUGUGCACCCUGUCUGCCUUAUAGGAGGCAUCCAGGGUCUGACACUGACACUGACGUUGAGUCUGUCAUUGUCUGUUUCUCGACCGUUGGUCUACUUGCAGCGUUGUCACCAAAACCUACUUAGAUACCUGCUGCCUAUAUUCACCACUGCGGUUCUUUUGAUCUCAACAUCCUCGGUGUGAUUUGCCCUUCACUCAAACGAGCAUCUCUUGUCAAGGAAAUCUCCCCAGGAUUCGCCUUUAUUAUUUCACAAGCUAGCGAAACCAAGUCCCGCUCCGCUUUAGAAUAGACCUGAGACUUUAAGAACCGGUCGAAAACACACCCCAUAAAGCGAUCUCACUACACCAGGCAAUAUCCUCCCAGAAUCUACAACUUUACCCAGGAAUUAUCAAGGAUUCCUUUCGUUUUUCUUUACAGGUUCUAGCACAGAGAGAAUCUCAGCCCAGACCUUGUGUUCCCGCGUCUGGCUAGAAGUAGCAAUCCUCGCUUCUUCGUCCAUCCGCUAUCACAUGUACCGCAGCAUCUUGAGCGAGUCGCUUCCUUUUGUCGUACCCGACGUCUCCAAGCCAGUUGGCUGGGCCCAUCGUUAGGCUAUAUCGUGGCCCUUAAAUGCAAUAUAUCACAAGAUUCCACAAACUCUUCGCUCCUUUCGCGUCUUGCCAUCAACCUCCAAUGAGUCUAUCGACCGAAACGCCCAAAGACGACAUUCGCUUUCUAAAGACAUCCACAGAACGAGGAUCUAGUCUUCGAUGGACUUUCAAUUCUUCUCGCGGUUGAGAUUUAUGAGAAUCCACUUCAACAUCUACUUUUGAAGCCUUUUCCAAGUCUCAUUCUCACCAGGAUAGUUUUCAAGGAAAAGAUAUCAGCAUGGAACCAUUUAAUGACCAGGAGAAGCGACAUCUCCUUGCCGAGAUAAUCAAGCACAGUCAAUUAGAUGUCCAAUAUUUGGAGAGUCUAGUUCGCCAUAUUGAGCCAAACUGGAUGCAAAUGCAACUCCCGAACGGUCGCAACAUGGCUCAGUGUAUGGAGACAGCUCAGAGCAUGUACAUAGGACAACGUGGGACAAAGCGGAAAGCUAGCGAAGAAGAAUCGAGCACUCAGAACAACAACGACGGUCAACUUCACAACAACCAGGCUCUACCUCUUCUGUCUCAACAUUCCCCAGCGCAGAACUCACCGGCAAACUUCCAACGUCAGCCCGCUAUGGCUACCGGGUCCCAUUUGCAGCAACCUCAGCAACCUGAACAGCCUCCCAAGAAGAAAAAGGGCCGUCCAGCAUAUGCAGGUCGGGAUGUGACCAGUCAGCGACCCUUCAAUCCUCGUCCUAUCGCUCCAAAGCCAUCUGCGCAAAUUCUACAGAACCCUCACACGGGCUUUCGCACUAUUGCCCCGGCUCCUCAAGCUGUUGUUCCACCACGGCCCCCGGAAUCGUUGCAUAAUGCAUACAAAGGUCCAAGCCGCGCACUUCCUGUGGAGUUUCAAAACACUCACAGGAAUUUGAAUACUUUCCGGCCUUCUAUCAAACCGUCAUCUGGUAUGCUUCAGCCAAAGCAGACAGCAGGAAUUUCAGACAACACAUCGGUUGGUAGUAGCGUUUCGUCCGUUGGGCGUCAGCUAAUACUCUGGUAGCAUGGAGCACAGAUGUCUAGCCGCACGAGAUCCCUUAGUGAAGCGGUACCGCGCGUGCAAAAACAAGAAGGUUCUCCAAACAAUCGAUCAAGCUCAUUGCAACCGAUGGGAACUGACGACCAAAGUCGCAUAAUACAAAGCAGAGCACCAGAUCAGAUGCAAGAAACGAAAACAAAAUCGGAUGAGGAGACCACGAAUCGACAUCAGAGAAAGAUUUAGGGAGAUGAGACCAACAUUUCUGAAUGGGCAAACGAGGGAGAACAAGGAGCUUCACCUACUACUCGUGGGAUAUUUGGUACGAUAAUGCUAGGCACGACUGUUAAUGAGGAUGAUAUAGACAGAGGCAAUGAUAAGAGAGCAGCUGGUUUGACUCUCAGGUAACCUGUAAAGCUGGGAGACUAAUAGGCAUGAACUUCGGGACAUCUUCAAAACCGUAUACGGGUACCAAUAGACAGAAUUCAUAAACUAAUGACAAUUGUAUCAAGCGAGACAUAAACUUGCACUACUUGCCUAAGCGCAAUUACAUAGAUACAAUUUGGAUACUUGCCCGAUAUAUGACAG